GGUUUCCCCUUUGUGGUUUCUCUAGCUCCACCCUCUCAGCCCCUCCAGCUUGGUCUGCACAGCUUCCUGCCCCCCCUGGCACUCUGGUUGUCAGCACCAUGACACUAACUGUCCAUCUCUCCUGCUUCCUUGUGCUGUUGGUAGCUGGCCUGGCCCAAGACAUCAAGGGCUCCCUCAGGGGCCAGGACCCAGGUCCCCGGCCACUGAAGCUAAAAGAGGUCUUCACUUUGUUCCAGAUCCAGUACAAUCGAAGUUACUCAAACCCAGCAGAAUAUGCUCAUCGCCUGGACAUCUUUGCCCGCAACCUAGCCCAGGCUCAGCGGCUGCAGGAGGAAGACUUGGGCACAGCCGAGUUUGGGGUGACUCCAUUCAGUGACCUGACAGAGGAGGAGUUUGGCCAGCUCUAUGGGCAUCCAAGGGCAGCUGGAAGGGCCCUCAAUGUGGACGGAAAGGUAGGAUCUGGUGAGUGGGCGCAGUCAGUGCCCCGCAGCUGUGACUGGCGGAAGGCGGCUGGUGUUAUCUCACCCAUCAAGGACCAGAAAAGCUGCAAAUGCUGCUGGGCCAUAGCAGCAGCAGGAAACAUCGAGUCCUUGUGGAACAUUAAACACCGACAGUCUGUGGAAGUCUCUUUUCAGGGUAUGGCUGGGAGAGGGGGCAUGUGUGACGGUGGGGGGAUCGGGCAUGGGGCUUGGUCAUCCACAUCAUCCCUUCUUGCACCAGAACUACUCGACUGUGACCGCUGUGGGGAUGGCUGCAGUGGCGGCUUCGUCUGGGACGCGUACAUGACUGUUCUUAACUAUAGCGGCCUGGCCAGCGAAAAGGACUACCCAUACCAGGAGAACAGCAGAACCCACAAGUGCCAGGCCAAGAAGUACCAAAAGGUGGCCUGGAUUGAGGACUUCAUCAUGCUGCCGCGUGGCGAGCUGGGAAUGGCCCAGUACCUGGCCACCGAGGGCCCCAUCACCGUGACCAUCAACAUGAAGCUAUUGCAGAACUACCAGAGGGGUGUGAUCGAGGCCACGCCCAUCACCUGUGACCCCCAGCAAGUGGAUCAUUCUGUUCUGCUGGUGGGUUUUGGUAAGAGCAAAUCAAAAGAGGAGAAGUGGGCAGUCUCAUCCCAGUCUCAUACUCGUCGCUCCAUCCCAUACUGGAUCCUGAAGAACUCCUGGGGGGUCAACUGGGGUGAAGAGGGCUAUUUCCGGCUGCACCGAGGGAGCAAUGCCUGCGGCAUCACCAAGUACCCAUAUACUGCCCAAGUAACCAAACCAGUUAAGAAGCAGCAACAGCGAGUCACCUGCCCUCCCUGAGCCCGACCCUCAGCUCUCCUGCUAUGCCAGCUGCCUCCUUGCGGGCCUUACCCCGAAGUCUUUGCCUGUCCUCCCAACCAUCUUGCUAUGCGUUGAAUAAAACAAGACAAAACCCCGUCUUCUAAGUGGAUUCAGCUGGAUGGGGAAAUAGACAGGGAGAGCACCAUUCUCUGACACAUCCUAGUCCCUGCAGGGCUGACAUACACACAGGUCCUUAUACAUACGACAC